AUGAAAUCAUCUAAACUGCAAGAUCAUCUGAGAAGAUGCCACCCUGAUAAAACAGAGAAAGAUUUGAAAUACUUUCAAACACUCAAAGAUAAAUUUCAGAAGAGACCUACACUGGACAGAAUGUUCGCUUCGACGUCACAAAGAAAUGAUGAUGGUUUGCGGGCGUCUUACAAUAUCUCGUUACUUAUAGCAAAAUCCGGAAAACCGCAUACUAUCGGAGAGAAGUUAAUUUUUCCAGCCGUUGAAGAGGUUUUAAAAACUGUUUUACACAAACCUGCAUCUGCUUCAUCAAAAGAAUUCCCUUAA